GAGGCGUCGCAGGCAAAUGACGCGCGCUGCUCGCGGAGCAGCUUGGCAGCAUGGCGUCCGUGGCCCUGAGCGAGGCAGAGAAGGUGUACAUCGUGCACGGCGUCCAGGAAGACCUCCGUGUGGAUGGCCGUGGCUGUGAGGACUACCGAUGUGUUGAAGUGGAAACUGACGUGGUAUCCAACACCAGUGGGUCUGCUAGGGUCAAGCUGGGUCACACAGACAUCUUGGUGGGAGUGAAAGCAGAAAUGGGGACACCGAAGCUGGAGAGACCGAAUGAAGGCUACUUGGAGUUCUUUGUUGACUGUUCAGCCAAUGCUACCCCUGAAUUUGAAGGUCGAGGAGGUGAUGACCUUGGCACAGAGAUUGCUAACACCCUCUACCGGAUAUUUAACAAUAAGAGCAGCGUCGACCUGAAGUCCCUCUGCAUUAGUCCUCGGGAACACUGCUGGGUUCUCUAUGUGGAUGUGCUGCUGCUGGAGUGUGGUGGAAAUUUGUUUGAUGCCAUUUCCAUUGCUGUAAAGGCUGCUCUCUUCAAUACAAGGAUACCAAGAGUUCGUGUUCUGGAGGAUGAAGAGGGGUCAAAGGACAUUGAACUGUCAGAUGACCCUUAUGACUGCAUUAGACUAAGUGUGGAGAAUGUCCCCUGCAUUGUCACUCUGUGCAAGAUUGGCUAUCGACAUGUGGUGGAUGCCACUCUUCAGGAAGAGGCCUGCUCUUUGGCCAGCUUGCUGGUGUCAGUGACCAGCAAGGGAGUUGUGACGUGCAUGAGGAAAGUGGGGAAGGGCAGCCUGGACCCAGAGAGCAUCUUCGAGAUGAUGGAGACUGGCAAGCGAAUGGGCAAGGUGCUGCACACCUCCUUGCAGAGCGUCCUACAAAAGGAAGAAAGCCUGGGACCCAAGAGACAGAAAGUCGGAUUCCUGGGGUGAUUCAAGCAUCAUCCCCUCAAUUGUGUGAAUUGUUUGUUUUUAUUUCUCCUUCUAAACUGAAGUUUGUAUAUAUUUUCUUAACUGUCAUAAGUUGAAAGCAACAUUUGUACAUGUACAAUUAAAAUCUGUUUUCUGGUCUGGUU